CGUAAUUUGUUGUUAUACUUCAACUUCAUCUCAAGCACCUCCUUAUCCUUAUCUUAUCAUAAAAUAAAAUACUACGGAAUUGAAAAAAUAUAUUUUUCAUUACAAAACGUUUAGCAAAAUCAAAGAAAGACUUUUCAAGUUAAUACAUAAAAUAUCUGCCACUAAAAUAAUGGCUAUGACAUACCAAUAUCAACAAGGAGCAGAAGAAUUUCGGCCACCUCCGCCAUUAUUGGUAACAAAAGUUAAUCCUCCCAUGUCACCAUGCCCCAUUCCAGACAUAUCCGAUGACCAAUUGGUCUCGAUUUCGGUGCGAGAUCUGAAUCGAAUGCUGAAAAUGCGUGGCCUUACACGAGAGGAAAUUGUUCGGAUGAAACAGCGGCGCAGAACGUUAAAGAACCGUGGAUAUGCUGCAAGUUGCCGCAUUAAACGAAUCGAACAGAAAGAUACUCUGGAAUCGGAGAAAACGACUGAAUGGCAGGAGCUCGAACGUUUGCAUAUGGACAACGAAAAUUGUAAUCGGGAAAUUAUGGAUUGGAGAAACAAAUACUACUCACUUCUGCAAUUCGCUGCUCAACACAACAUUCCUGUUCCUAUAGAGCUUCAGACUUGCUAAGAUUAUUAUUUUCUAUUAUUUGUUAUUUUAUUUUUAUUCCAAUAGAACUAAGGAGAAUGUGUAAGAAACUUUUUGUGUGAUUAGUUGUUGUGUGUUUGGUGGCUUGGAAUUUUGUCAUAGAUUUAAUUUUGUGUUUAUUUUUUUAGGCAAAACCUAAAAGUGGUAUGAAAAGUUCCGAGGUGCCAAACAGACUGAUUAGUUUAUUAUUUAGGUUUUAUUUUGUUGCCCCUAAGAUUAUUUUAAGUCAACUGAAAGUUUACGUAUACAAAAUUUGGUAAGAAUGGGAUGUUUCCAUGGAGUUUUGUGUCUAUAAGAGCUGGGCUAAGAUGGCAUGAGUGGAUUAGAGACUAGCUCUUUAGAUGCAAGGAACACCUUUUUUGCUAAAUGCCAGGAACUGCGUAUAUAAAUAGUACAAUUUUUGUGAAAUUAAGCAUUAAAUAUAAUACAUACCUAUAUACAAACAUAAAUAAAUAAAAGCCUAGAAGUACUUACAGCUUAAACAAACAA